AUGGAGAACGUUUACGAACCACUAUUAACUGCAGUAACGCUUGAAGAUUUAACAGAUUCACUUUCUAGUGGAGACAUUGCUCUAAGCGAGGAGCAGCGUGGAUUUCUUGAUGCAGUUCGUGAAGGGCGCACACACGAGGUUCGUUCGUACGUGCAGGAGAAACAUGUUGAUGUAAACUGUGUCAACUUGUCGGGGGAAACCGCACUGCAGCUAGCGGUGAACAACGACCGCCAUGAUAUCGCAAAAUUUCUGCUCGAAAAGGGAGCCGAAGUCGGCACGACAUUACUACAAGCUGUUGCAAAUGGGUCGGUCGACUGGGUGAAGGCAUUGCUCGAGUUCGUGCGCGAUACCGAGCCUCAGGGUGCAAGUUCAAGCAAUGUUUCUCAGUUUUCACAACAGACAAGCAAAGCUCAGUACAGAAAAUUCAUUUCGCCUUUGAUGCUGGCUUCGCACAAUGGUAACCGAGAAAUAGUGGAGCUUUUGCUAAAGAGGGGAUAUAAGAUUGAAGAACCGUCAUUCCACAAUAGAUCUUGUGAUGGCAGUGAAUGCGAGAGCUUCGGAAAGCGAUUGGGGAGUUCGCUUUAUCGUUUGCAUAGCUACCGAGCGCUUGCAAGCCCUGUUUUCUUGUGCAUGUCUUACUUACUCGAGAACUCCAGCGAGAAAUCCGACGAAGAACGAGACAUAAGAUCAUCGAAAGACCCAAUCAUCCGAGCGUUCUUUUUAAAUCGGAAGUUAGAGAGUCUGGUGGAGACUGAGUAUGAAUUCAAGAACGAUUACAAGAAGCUGUCGGAUGGAUGCGAGGAGUUCGCGGUUUCGCUUCUCGCAAAGUGCCGAUCGAUGGAAGAAAUUGCUUGUUGUGCGGGUCCCCUGUGGCUGACCAAAAGUAUCGCAGGCUCUGAGGUCUAG